AUGCAGCCUUCAACAUCGCCACGCCAAACCGCCCCUCCUACAACAAACUGCUGUGCCAAACGUGUUGAGCGUCACCUACCUACUUUCUUUGUCCUCCGUACAAAUCAUGCACCGCCACCAAGCGAACCAAGGAAAACUUUCGUCGACAGUCGGGGAGCCCACGCGGAGCAGCAGGAAGCGGCCUUGAAGCUAGUUGAGGCUGACUUUCGCACGGCGUGGGAGGAUCUGGAAGAAGGAUGGGACCACUUCGAGGAACACUUGAUCGAAAUCGGCAUCGAAAAAACUGCCACUUGUUGCGGCGAGGAGGAUAUGGUGCGUCGCGGCAUGGUCGGGGGGCAGCUUUUCGGCGACCUGUUUGAGGGUGUGCGGGAUGAGCGUGUCCCCCGAGAUGCGGCCGGUUACGUGGUGCUGGGCGAGUCCCCUGCUUGCGCUCAACAUCUUGCGCGCAUGCUCCUGGCGAGGAGUUCCGUGGAGGCAAGGGUGGACGCGCCAUCACUACUGGGCGACGACAUACCUGCCCAUGACAGGGCCUACCUUGAGAACGUUUCGCACGCCCUUGGGCUAGCGCGUGCGAAGGCCAAGGUGGCUUCAGCAGCCCUCGAAGCCUUGACGAACGUGUACGGUCCGGACAUCGUUUCGGGGAAGAAGGACGAGGUUGUGGAGCUCAGCGUGCGUGGGGUCAGGAUGACCACCCUUCGUUCGACGCUGACCGUUUGCCCGGACUCGGUGUUCACCACGUGGUUCAACGGAAACUGGAAGCCCACCGAGAAGGACCUCGACAAGCACGGGGGGGGAAUGCUGGACUGCAAACCGACCGUCUUCGCGAAAGUGUUGGACGUGCUGCGCAUGAAGAAGCGGGCAGGGUGGGCACCCAGCGAAGACGCGGGGGGCGGAGGCGUGGUCGUGAAGCCGGUCCCCGUUGCCGUUCGGCCGGCGGGUCGCGCUUGCUUGGAGGAGUUUGUCAACAAGUACUUAUCGGGGUGCGAACGUUUCAUCAUGGACUUAGUGGUGUAG